AUCAAUUAACAAACCUCGCUGUUGUGUGUUCUCUCUCUGGCACGGAUUUGGUGACAAUUCAGUACCUUCUCUUUUAGAAUAAAGUAUCCGUCUUCACGUGCAAAGUGCAACCGAAAAAGAAAAAGAGAGCUUCAAUACAUGGCAUCGACGCCAACAUAUCACAGAAAUGAAGAGACUGAAUUUUUAAUACAAAAUGAAGGAACAAUUGCAUCUAGACUGAGAUCCAGUUUCAAAGUUGAAGAUGUCAAGACAUACCAAACUACACGAGAAAUUGAAGGUAAGCCAAGUCGAUUAUCAAAGCAUAAGAAAGAAAAAGGCAUUAGUAAUUCUUUGACUGAGAAGAUGGGCGAACUCCCAACUGAAAUGGUUAGCAAGAAGAGUAGUGAUUCUACACCUAAGAUUAAGAGGGUCGAAGAACUCAAAGAUUUAGCAUCUUCAAAGAAUGAGGUGGUUAUUAAGGGCAAGGUUUCUCAACUCAAUUCAAAGAAACAGGCAGAACUUGGGAAAAUAGAGAGUUCUGUGGUCAAAACCGAUGGAUCCUUUCCUUAUAAUGAUGAGAAGGGAAAGGAGAUAGAGAAAGCUAAACUUUCAGAGAAACAUGAUAAUAAGAAAUCAAUAAAUGAACGCCCCGUAUUCUAUAUUCGAUGGAAAGGCUUGGAAAACACAAGUGCGUGUUGGAAAUGUGCGCUGUGUGAGAAAGAUAUGGCAUAUUUAGCAAAUGAAGAGGAACCGGAGCAUUCAAAUCAACUUGAAGAAAAUGAUCAGCUGCAAUAUUAUUUAUUCUCCUCCCAUAGGAGAGAAGAAUUGCGUACCCUUUUACCAGAAGCUGCUGUUCUUCCAUGUAGUCAUGUUUUCCACGGCUCAUGCUUAUCUGAGUUGCAGCUAACUAAUCUCACUGAUCCUUCGUGCCCUUUAUGUGAUAUGUCUUAGCAUGUUCUGAACUUGAUCCUUCACUUCUCGUCCCACUUAGUUUAACAUUUUUUUUGUUACUAUUGUUUGGAAUAUUAAGAAACAAUUUUUUGAUCUUAUACGUACGAUCAUUGAAUGUUUAAUUAAUUAAGGAUUAUUUGUGCACAUGUUCUUAUCUUGUUCAAGCGACGUGAAUUAAACCAAGAGGUCAAUAACAAUUUUUUUUUUGUCACAAUAGUUGACCGUACAAUGGGGUUGCAGAUAGAGAACGUACAAUGGGGUUGCAGAUAGAGAAAUAUAUGAUCAGUGUCCAAUUUGGUUGAAAUGUCUAGAUGCUAGCCUUUUUUUUCUUCUUAAUUGUGUGUUGGAACAGCCCCAGUUCAUGGUAUUUGUAAAGGAACAUUGGGAAAACUUUAAGGUGGGAGGUUGGAAGUCCUUUGCAUUAAAAGAAAAAUUCAAAAUGUUAAAAGAAAAAACUAAGGUGUGGUAUAAAGAGACCUUCGGCUUCAUGGAUUAAUUUGUCAAUU